AUGGCUACACUGGCGGAGCAUCCCGCCGUCGUCCCCCAAUCGAUUAACGGUGUCUACGAACCGGAUAUGGACUCCUUCCUCAACCUCGAUCAGUUCACCUACACAUCAGCAGAGCCUUCCAGAGCAAAGGCUGCCCUUCCCAGCCAGCCCUCGGUCGCAGGCACAGAUUUCAGCGGCGCUACUGACAUGAGAAGUGCCAGCUUCGCAUCAAGUAGUCAAUCGCCAAUUGCUUUCCAGGCCCCCAGCCAUCAAUAUGACGAGCACAAGCAACAGACCGGUCUCCCCCCGGGUGGCUUGGCUCAUGCUAUGACUUUCAACAACCACGUUAACGGAAUGGGCUUUGGUGCUGGAAACCAGGGCUUUGCGAUGAAUGGAGACAUGUUUGCUGGCAGCCAGAUGAAGCGCGAGGACGCCUCGCUGGAUUUCAACACCGUUCCCACCCGUAACCCUUCUGAUAUGGACCUGGAGUCUGACAACAUGGGUGCCGUCCCCGGCUAUUUCUUCUCGCCAAACGCCAACAAAAGCCAAUACAUCGACCCCAAUGCCCUGGGUGGCCAGGAGGCCCCUAUGGGCCCAUCCACCCAGGUUGGCCGCAUGUACCCCGGAAUGCACCAGCAACAAGCCGCCAUGGCCAAGGCCGCCCAGCAGCAGAAGCAGCAAGAAUUCAUCAGACAACAGCAGAUCCAGCAGCACCAGCGCCGCAUGGAAGAGCACGCCCAGCAAAACGGCACUCCUCAGCCCCAGGCUCCUCGCGUCCCAAACCCCGUGGUUGAAGAACGUAUCUCCCGUCUUUUGCAACAAAUGAGACAGAACGCGAUGGGCUCUCCCGACGGCUCUCCUUCGCCCUCCAUGCCCCAGAUGGCCAAGGCCAAGAAGGAAGAGCAGGACAUGGAUGAGGACGAGAGACUCCUCGCCAGUGAGGAGGGAAAGAAGCUCAGCAGCAAGGAACGUCGCCAGCUUCGCAACAAGGUCUCCGCUCGCGCUUUCCGAUCUCGCCGCAAGGAAUACAUCGGCCAGCUUGAAAGUGAAGUCGCUGCCAGAACGAACGAGGCCCACAACCUCCGCAUGCAGAACCGCUCUCUUUACGAAGAGAACAACCGCUUGACCGACCUCGCCCACAUGCUUUUGUCUUCGCCUCAAUUCUCCUCGUUUAUGGAUGACAUGAACGCCAACGGUGGUCUCCCUAGCUCGAACCAGUCGCAGGCUCAGCCUCAGCAGCAGCCACAACAACCACAGCCCCAGCACCAGCAGGCCAUCGCCCAGCCUCACAUGCAGGCCAAUGUCGCCAAGGACCCCCCGAGCCACGCCCACCAGGAGUUCCAGAUGCAGCAGACUCCCCAGGUCGGUAUGGGUAUGGUUCCCAACCAAGGAAUGGAUGUUCCCGCUAUGGGAUUUAACGCCGGAUGGAACUCUGGCAUCGAAAUGAACUACGGCAACACUCCCGUCUUCGCUGUCACUGAGGUUCCCCAAGGCCCUGUCCUUGACGCUGAGGUUCUUUCUGGAAAGUCUUCGAGCUUCACCGGUUCCUUCCUCCCCGAGACCUCCAAGAACGAAGUCCCUGCUCUCGAGCUCCCUACCAUGGCUGAGGAGCAGUCUGACUUUGGUGUCGAGAACUCGGAGGUCGAGAUUGACGAGUCAGACCCCGCUUUCGCUCUCUUCGUCGAGUCCCCCGCAACCAACGAAUCUUCCGGUGAGCAAUUCGAAGGUGUUUCCUUCGAAAAGGUCUCUGCCUUUGAGCUUGUUGUCGAGAACGAGUCCCAGAACAAGGUGAACCGCCUUGCCUGUUUGUGUGACAGCAUGGAAGCCGCUUUCCAGCCCCCCAGACUCCCAUACCCCCACCAUCAUUCGCAGAAUAACUACAUCGUCUACGACCCAUCUUCCUACAAGCUAUCCGGUUUCGAUCCCCCGUCGACCCCGCCCACGGGAGCCCACCCGAUGAAGUUCCACUACCAGGUCGUGACGACCCCCACGGCCGACACCCCCGGCACGACCCUCGUGCUCCAUUUCCCAGACAAGCGGUACUUUUUCGGCCAGCUGUCUGAGGGGACGCAGCGCGCGUGCACGGAGCGAGGCGUCAAGCUCACCUCGCUGACGGAUAUCUUCAUCAGCGGCCGGACAGAAUGGGCCAAUAAUGGGGGGUUGAUUGGGAUGAUUCUCACGCAGGCGGAUGGGCUGAUUAGUGCGAAUACGGCGCUGGAGAACGCGGCGCGUGAGAAGCAGGCGAACCGCGCCCCGGACCAGACGCAGCCGAAGAAGGACACAAAGCAUGGCGAGCCGUAUGGGGUUCAGGAUGGGCAGUUGGUGCCGCAGAAGGGGCACUUGACGAUUCAUGGUGGGAGGAAUAUCACGCAUACGUUAGCUACUGCGAGAAGAUUUGUCUUCCGGAAGGGUAUGCCGGUGUAUACGCGGGAGUAUGAUGGCGAGAGUAUGGCUAAGCAGGCUUCUGCUGCUGUGGAGUCCGGGGAUCCGUUUGAGAAGCCUACCUUUUCUGAUAGCAAUAUCAAGGUGUGGGCUAUGCCUGUUAGUCCUUCUCCUUCGCGCGAGGCCAAGGUUCCUUCUCGGUCGAGGACGCAGAGCCCGAGGAAGAGGAGUCUGGAUGAGUUCCAGGAGAGAAAUGCUCCAGAGGAAUCUCUUGAUCAGCAGACCAAGGAUCAAUUGAUGAGGCAGUCUGUUGUCUCUGAUAUGUUCAACUCCUCGUGGAGGAUGGAUGCCUUGAUCGAGACUCGUCUGGCUGAUGUCAAGAUGCCUGCUGCCAUGUUCAUUCGCAACACCGAGACCAAGCAGCUCGAGCAGUACACCGGUCCUGCUCCCGGCAGCACUGAGCCACUUCCUGACAUCAAGGUGCUUGUACGACAGCCCUGGCCGGGUGCUUCGGUUGAAAAACUCCCGCCUACGACAAGGAAUGAAGAAGCUCUCUCUUAUAUCGUGCGAAGCCAUGAUAUCAGAGGUAAAUUCGACCCUAAGAAGGCUCAGGAAUUGAAAGUCCGUAAAGGACCCGACUUUGCCCGUCUGACGAAGGGUGACAGUGUAGAGUCGGAAGAUGGCAAGACCAUCACCCCUGAUAUGGUUUUGGGCCCUACUCGACUUGGCAAGGGAGUGGCGGUUAUCGAUUUGCCGGCGCCAGAGUAUGUGGAGAACUUGGUCAAUCGUCCCGAAUGGAAGUCGCCUGCGGUGAUGACUGAGAUGGGAGCUUUCGUUUGGAUUCUUGGACCCGGAGUGGGAGAGCACCCCAAGCUCCGUGAGUUCGUCGCGAGCAUGCCCCACUGCAAGCACACCGUAUCUGGUACGGAUUAUUGCCCGAACUACCUGGCUCUGAACAGCGUCGCUGGAUCGUCUAUCCGUCUUGCUCGGUUGAAGGGCAGCGGCUACUCGGUGCCCGUUCACGACAACGUCACUCUCCCUCAGCCAGGAACCCUCACCGCAGGAUCAAACAUCACCAAGGAAGCGAUCAAAACCUCGCCAUUUGAACCCGUCGACCCUGGUCUCAUCAUAGACAUUGAACCCAAAUUUGAGUUCAACCGUACCGAUGUCGUACCACGAUUGAAUGCACAUGACACAGUGGACAGGAUCCCAUUUGCAGUUGAGCAGCGAAUGUCUGCUAUCCGGAAGCGUGUGCAGAAGCCCCAGUUCAAAGAGAAAUUGGAGAGUCUUCGACAAGGCUUGCCUGGGGGUGAUGCUGAGAUUAUCACGCUCGGAACAGGAUCUUCUUCUCCAUCCAAGUACCGCAAUGUCUCUUCCACCCUAGUCCAUGUGCCCGGGUAUGGAUACUAUCUACUUGAUUGUGGUGAAUGUACUCUUGGUCAAUUGAAGCGUGUCUAUGAGCCCGAACAGUUGCGAGAGGUGUUGCAGAACCUGCGGAUGAUCUGGAUCAGUCAUCUCCACGCCGACCACCACCUUGGAACUGUUUCUCUCAUCAGAGCUUGGUAUCAUGAAAACUACGGCACUGGGGCUUCGCCUAGCCAGACCGUUGAAAACGACAUGGCCAAGAUCCUGCAGGAGAAGCGCUUAGCUGUUGUCUCUGAGGAGAUGAUGAUCGGUUGGCUAGAGGAGUACGCCGCUGUCGAGAACUACGGCUUCGACAAACUGGUGCCUCUAUCCGCAAACCCCUACUUUAGAGACGGCAAGAUCCAGACCCAAUUCACCUACCACCACUGCCGGGGCGACGGCACUUAUCCCGGCCACGAAAAGGACGGAAGCAAGCCUACGUCCACCCCACUUCGCUUCGACGACAAUUCCUCCCCGCUCACAGCUCUCCUCCGCUCCGCUACUGGCUUGUCCGACCUCCUAACCACCCGUGUGUCUCACUGCCGCGGCGCCAUGGCCGUAGCCCUCGUCUUCUCCAACGGCUUCAAGAUCUCCUUCUCAGGCGACUGCAGACCCUCCGAAGGCUUCGCCACCAUCGGCCACGGCUCAACCGUCAUGAUCCACGAAGCCACCUUCCAAAACGACAUGGCCGUCUCCGCCAUCGCCAAACGCCACUCCACCACCGCCGAAGCCCUCGAAGUCGGCCGCAAAAUGGAAGCCCGCAACAUCCUCCUCACCCACUUCAGCCAACGCUACCAAAAAGUCGCCCACAUCGACCAACGCCCUGAAUCUGGCCCUUCCAAACGCGGCCCGGAAACCGUCAAAGUCCCCGCUUACCAACAACAACCCGACAUCCCCGUCGACGAAGCAGAGGACGCCACCCCGCCCUCCAAGGACGAAAUCAAAAUCCCCACUGCCUCCCUGCAGUCGAAGCCACGAGUCCCCACCACAGCAGCCUUCGACUACAUGCGCAUUCGCGUCCGCGACUUCCCCAUCGCCGAAGCCUUCGCCCCGGCACUGGAGAAACUCUUCGAAAAACUCGAGCGAGCCUCAGCCGAGGAAUCCACCAAGAAUCGCCAAGAGAAGAACGAAGAACUGCAAGCCCAGAAGGUCAAGAAGCAUGGCAAACACUUCGCUGCCCGUAAACCCGUCGCAGCCCCGGCUCCUGCUCCUGCAAACCCCGAGGCAAUGGAUGUUGACAAGAAGGAAUCGUCGCCCAAGAAACAGACGGCUUCGAUCUGGAGUGCCAGUGAGAGUGAAAGUGGCUGGAAUACAAGCGGCAGUGACAGUGAGGGUGACCGAGCGGUACAGCGCAGACAUGCCGCUAGGAAGCAGACUGGUAGUCCGCGCCGGGCCAGCCCUCGUAACAAGAGCAAGCAAUAA